UUACGUCCAGACGCUCUGUCGCCUGGAGCGGCGCCGUAACCGCCGCCCAGAAGGAGGGAUGUCGGCUGUGUGAGGAGCUGCUAUGGUGCUGAGUUCCCCGGCAGAGCCGACCGAGCUGAGGCGGUCGCGGCCAUGAAGGCGGGUGCCACGUCCAUGUGGGCUUCAUGCUGUGGGCUGCUGAAUGAAGUCAUGGGAACUGGAGCUGUGAGGGGCCAGCAGUCAGGAUUUGCAGGAGGCACUGGUCCAUUCAGAUUUACACCAAACCCUGAUUUUUCUACUUACCCACCAGCAGCUACGGAAGGGCCUAAUAUAGUUUGCAAAGCCUGUGGACUUUCAUUUUCAGUGUUCAGAAAGAAGCAUGUAUGUUGUGACUGCAAAAAGGAUUUUUGCUCCGUUUGUUCAGUCUUACAAGAAAAUCUCCGUAGAUGUUCUACUUGUCACUUACUACAAGAGACAGCCUUUCAGCGCCCUCAGUUAAUGCGACUGAAGGUGAAGGAUCUCCGGCAGUAUCUCAUUCUUAGGAACAUACCGAUAGACACUUGUCGAGAGAAAGAAGACUUGGUAGAUCUAGUGCUGUGCCAUCACGGACUAGGCUCUGAGGACGACAUGGAUACAAGCAGUCUGAACUCUGCAAGGUCCCAGACUUCUAGCUUUUUUACACAUUCAUUUUUUUCAAACUAUACAGCCCCCUCUGCUACUGUGUCUUCGUUUCAGGGAGAGCUUACGGAUGGAGACCGGACCUCCAGAUCUGAAGCACUGGCACAGGUGCAGAGUGAAAUUGCUUCAGCAAACACAGAAGAUGAUGACGAUGACAAUGAUGAUGAUGACGAAGAGGAAAACUUGGAGGAACGGACUCCCAGGCUGUCUAAGAAGAGGGUGAGAGCUUCUCUGUCCGACCUGUCGAGCCUUGAAGAUGUAGAAGGGAUGAGUGUGCGCCAGCUGAAGGAAAUCCUGGCUCGGAACUUUGUCAACUACUCUGGCUGCUGUGAAAAAUGGGAGCUGGUGGAGAAAGUAAGCCGGUUGUACAAAGAGAAUGAGGAAAACCAAAAGUCAUAUGGUGAGCGGCUUCAGCUGCAGGAGGAGGAGGACGACAGCCUGUGUCGCAUCUGCAUGGAUGCCGUCAUCGACUGUGUCCUGCUGGAGUGUGGGCACAUGGUCACCUGCACGAAGUGUGGCAAACGCAUGAGUGAGUGUCCCAUCUGCCGGCAGUACGUGGUGCGAGCUGUGCAUGUGUUCAAGUCCUGAAACCGAGGCUCUCCCAUGGGAUGCUCACCCCCAAAACUUAACCCCAAACAUUUCAAUGCACAGAAGGGACUAGAAACUUACUGUUGAAAGGCUGAAGCUAUUUUUAAAAGUUAUUUUCACUACUAAUUGGGGACAGAAAGGUUCAUCCUAAGUUUGGAGACACUGAUCAAUGCCAGGAGCCUGUCUGCCUGUGGACACGAAUUGCCCAGGUUCUGCUGGGCUUCAUCGCACGUCUUGUGAGCACUGUUGAAGUCAGGCUGUUUACGACCUGUCGGUAUCGGCUGCUGCUCUGUUUGGAGGAUGUUCAUCGUUUGCUUCUUUCCCCUUCAUCCUACAUUUACCUUAGACGUUGAAACUUCUGCUCUCUUUGGAUGAGUAAUUAUCCAUGAAGUGGCUGACAUGGAAGGCACUAGAAGUGGUCCCUCUGAAUGUUCACUUUACUAGUCAUGUAUAUUUUAAAAGAUAAUAUUUGAUGAAUGUAAGUUUCCACGUUGUUGCUCUUUCUGCAUUUAAACAUAAUCGGGAACAACUGACAUUCUAUAGUCAACUGCCAGGGCCUUAGACUUAAACAUGUUAAUUUUUGUUCAGGAACAGCUUUUUAUAGCAAGGGCUGCAUUUAGCUUCUUUCAUUAGAAGUGUGUGUGCUAAAUUCUUGAUUAAUGUGUAAUGAGUUUACACUGUUUUGUAUGGUGAAGGUGUAUUUUCAGUGCUACCCGCUAGCUAAUUUCAACUUUAGAAAUAAAACUAGA